UUGCACUGCAACUGAAGAAGAAAAAAGCUAGAUUUCCGCUUUGUACUAUCCACUUACUUCCCAACAAAUGAACAACGCCGCCAUGUAGAACAGAAGCGCUUCCUGUUUCUUCCCCAGAAGCGCUUCUCUUUUUCAUUUUCCUCUGCUUCAAUUUCGAAGUUUAAGCAAGCUAACAACUUUCCUUCUAAGGUAGUACUGAUUUUGGGCUCUAGAUGGAUACAGCUGAACAAAGAAAAGACAAGUAUGCUCCAAUCGGGGAUGCAGAGAACCCUCUACUGGGAAAAUUUGAUAAGCCACUACCAUGUUUUGGGUGUGGAAUUGGAUGGUUCUCUCUUCUGCUAGGAUUUGUUUGUCCAUUAAUGUGGUAUUACGCUACAAUUCUCUACUUUGGAAAUUACUAUCACCAGGAUCCGAGAGAGCGGGCUGGGCUUGCUGCUUCUGCAAUUGCUGCUCUAGUUUUCACAACUGCAGCGGUGAUAACAGUAGCUGUUAUUGUCUUGUAAAUUUUUCUAUCAACUGAUCUAUCUCCAGCUAAGGAGGAAAACAAAAAUCACUUCUAACAUCUGCCCCUACAUGAGAAAGGCAAGCCUGAUGAACCCAUGAUCUAGCUCUAGCUAUUAGGCACCAAAAGUUCAAAGCUAGUUCCAUUUAAUUAUGUGAACAUAGAGCUGCUUCUGCACCCCUUUUUGGUGUUGUGUGUAUAGUAGACAAGGAUGAUAUGAUGUCACUAGAUUUUAUCCAAAAAGAUGGUCCAGUCAAUUUA